AUGCUGCGACAAGCACUAACUCUGGCCCUGUGCUGCUGUGACACAUGGCAGGACGUGGAUGGUCGAGCCGUGCUGCUGGCAAGCCGAGACAUCAAGAAAGGAGAGCAGGUGUUCAUAUCGUAUGUGGAGGAGUCUCUUCCACUAGAGGAACGAAAGGAAGCUCUGGCAGACUACGGCUUUGUGUGCCGAUGUGACCUGUGUGUGGCACAGGGGGAGCAGGCCUAA